GGAUACUGUAAAUGACAGCCUUGUGACAGCGUGACAACUUCCAAGGUUCAAAGUGCGCAAGCCUUUGUCAGUUGUCAGUGCCCUUCCAACAAGUUCGAAGCCGGCUCCGGGGGCUCACAGGGCUCACAGCGGUAACAAAGUGGACACGGUGUGGGCCUGCACAAAAAACCUGACGUCCGCCCAGUGGUUGAAAGCACCAGCUUUUGCAGCUAACCCCUAGUGUUUCAUCUUUCCUCUUUCACUCCCGCCUGGUCAUCUCAACCCCCCGAACAUCGCAUUUUUUCUGGGCUGCCACCCCCCACCGGCACUCAAUCACUACUACAACCACGAACACCACUACCACUCACUACUACUCUCUCCCAACCUCACCUCACCUCCUCCCUCCUCCACACGACUACAACGUCGGCUUCUCUUGGACGACGACGACGUCGACGUCCUCCUCUUUCUCUCUCUCUCACCCCCCAGACUGCCACCUAAUGACGCCUGUAUAUUGUUAUUAGGUCUUUCUUAACAUUUACUUGCAUACUCUGUAGUCCGCCUUCGAAAAAGAGCGGGAGCACCUAGCAAAGGGGUAGUCGGACCACAAAGGAGAGCCGUCCCGCCCUAUCCCCAGGAAAGCCAAGCCGAAACGCGCGAACGGGAGCAACCCUCAGCAGCAGCAGCAGUAGCAGCAGCAGCAUUUCUGCAUUUCCAUCCAAAAAGAGGUCAAUCGAGUUUCUUGAACCACUCACCUCUCCCCUCCUCCCCUCGACUCGACCUCAACCUCGACCUGAACCACCCCUCGACCCUCUUCUCUUUUCUCUCCUCUCAUAGACAAAAAGGCCCCGGCCACACCAACGACGGCACUCCUCUUCGUCACAUCGACCUUGUAAUUGAGUUGCAGCUGCCAGCUUGCGACUUCGUAUUUGACUCGACUUUGCUACCCUUCAGCGACGCUCCUUCGGCCCGGCCUUUGCCGUUAGUUCUCAAUCCUCGCUUAAUUGGAUCCUCGCAGUGCGGUCUUCCGCCGUGCAUUAUUUUUUCCCCCCCCAGAGAUCACCCUCUCCACAACCGACCGCGCUCUUCACGUCGUCGCACCGCUCUGGCAGUUUCGGGCCCGACGUUGUGACGCCAUUACCCCCAGGCCGGAAAAAAGGGAAAAAUAAAUAAAUACAUACAAGUAUCUGACGAGGGUCGGAAUAAACGAUAAUCGAUAAUGUCGACUUCAAGACCAGGCGAGCAUCUGACCAUUGGCUACCCGCCACAGACCGUGUCCGCUCAGAACCGCUCCAACUCCCCAACAAGCACCUCCCCCAACGACCCCCAGUCCGCCGGCAGCACCCUGAGGUCUCCAUAUGGUCUUUCUCCAGGUCUGACGCCCACCUCCAAGAUGCCGGGUGCUUCGCGCUCUGGUGCCGGUUCUCCGAACCACGAGAUGGCGGCGUCUGGCCGUUUGUUCUCCAAGCGGGCCCGAGAAAUCCAAGCUCAAGAAGGCAUCCCGGGAAUCCCGGUGAAUCCCUGGGGCGGACCUCCGACUAGCGGCAACUCGACUCCUCUUCGUGAAAACAUCCCCGAGUCGCCGACCGAUGGCUUCCCCGACUUCGCACAGCUACCCACACCACAGGAGCUUCCCUCAACACGCCGUGCUCGUGCCGGCACCGUUCCGUCUCGCUUCUCCCCGGGUGGGGCCGGCAAUGGAUUGCUUGCCAUCCCGUCUCUGGCUUCUAAGACGUCUCGUCCAAGCCCCUCUCAGACGCCGUUCAAGUCUCCAUCACCGGGCAUCGAGUCAUCCGGCAACGAUAUUUCCAAUGCUUCGGCACUUCUCUCGAGGCUGAGGGCUGGCUCCAUGCCACAAAGAAGCCCGUUCACCCACGUGCCUGGCACCAGCUCUCCGUUUGGUCCGUCUAUCUUCAGCAGCUGGAACCCCACCGGGACAGGGCGCGACAGAGGCAACACACUGGCCAGCAUUGCCAGUGUUCCUUCCAACGGGCCUAGUUCUCCCGCGCAGUCUCACUUUUCCCGAGAGGGCAAUGCUGAGAGUGAUGUUCAUAUGAGAACGCUGGACUACCUUGGUCUUGCGGAAACACCUCAGCCCGCACGAGCUCAGAUUGCUACUCCGACAUAUGUUCCCAACUAUGCCGAUUUCUCCAAGGCCGCCAACCGUUUCCGGUCUUACUCGGUCAACAACAAGGACAGGUAUGCGGACGAGGAUGAGGAUGAUUAUGACGACCCGGUCAUGAUGAUGGAGAACCAGUAUCUGCAGAUUCAGGAUCAGCUCGCUGCCACCAAUGCUGCCAUCCAGCAGCACAACCUGGCCGUCCAGGCCUUUGCGAACCAGGCCGCCCGUCCUCGUGCCAGGACCGCUGGUGUGCUGGAUACUCCGGCCUCCCGCGUUCUUCGCAACUACUACCCCACUCCCUCCAGGCUUGAUGAAUCCAUCACGGCCUCUGACAUCCGUGUUUCUGGUGACAAGGAAUACGAUGAUCUUCCGCAAGCCGUUGCUGGGUUGUCGCUUGGUAGGUCCAACAGCCGCAACAAUGGCCUCUUGAGCGCCGAAGAACAAGGGCUGGAAGGUCCAACUAGUGCUUUGUGGCUCGGCAGCAUCCCCACAUCCACCACCACAUCGACCCUGACGGAGAUGUUCAAGUCGUACGGACCUAUCUUGUCAGCUAGGGUCUUGACUCACAAGAACUGCGGCUUUGUGAACUUUGAACGGGUCGACAGUGCCAUCUCCGCCAAGAACACAAUGAAUGGAAAGGAGAUCUUCCCUGGUGCCGGGCCCAUUCGCAUCAACUUUGCGAAGCCCCCCUCCGCUUCCAACACGCCAGGACAUGACGGAGCCAUGCCCUCGCCCAGCCCUGAUCCGUUUUCCAAGGGCCAGGACAACGCUCAGGGUAUGGGCACCGGUGCCCCCGGUGACUCUUCUCCCGCUGCGCUUGUGGGCACUGCGACGCCGACCGUGCCCCCUCUUGCUGAGAUGACCGGUGAUAUUCUCAAAAUUGUUGUCCAGUUUGGGGCGACUGAGGAAGACAAGUACAACAUCUCGGCUAGCCUCCAGCGGGCGAUCCAGUACGGCGAGUUCGUUGACGAAAUCCCUCCCAUCAAGGAACCUGCGCACACCAGAAUCCACGAUGCGCCCAAGCUCCGGGAUAUCCGCAAAAGGAUUGACAACCAGGCCUUGUCCCAGGCCGAGAUCGAGAGCAUUGCCGUUGACAUGCUUCCCGAGAUUGCCGAGCUUUCUUCGGAUUACCUUGGCAACACGGUCGUCCAGAAGCUCUUCGAGCACUGCUCUGAUGAUGUUCGCGAUCAGAUGCUGGCCGAGAUCGCGCCGCACAUGGCCGAGAUUGGCGUCCACAAGAACGGAACCUGGGCUGCGCAGAAGAUUAUCGAAGUGUGUAAGACACCGCACCAGAUGAACCUCAUUGUGCAGCACUUGCGCCCUUACACGAUCCCUCUGUUCUUGGAUCAGUACGGCAACUACGUCCUCCAGGGCUGCCUGAAGUUUGGAAGUCCCCACAACGACUUCAUCUUUGAGACCAUGCUGAGCAGAAUGUGGGAGGCGGCGCAGGGACGAUAUGGAGCUCGCGCCAUGCGGGCUUGUCUGGAGAGCCACCAUGCCACCAAGGACCAGCAGAGGCUGCUUGCUGCCGCCAUUGCUCUCCACAGUGUCCAGCUUGCGACCAAUGCCAACGGUGCGCUGCUCUUGACCUGGUUCCUGGACACCUGCACCUUCCCACAGAGACGCACAGUUCUCUCGCCCCAGCUUGUGCCCUACUUGGUCAAUCUGUGCACCCACAAGGUUGCUUACCUGACGGUCCUCAAGGUUAUCAACCAGAAGGCCGAGGGAGACGCCAGAGACACCGUUCUCAAGGCGCUCUUCUUCACCCCCAAUGAUCAGGUUUUGGAGGCGAUCCUGAGCGACCACGCCUGCGGAGCCACCUUGAUUUUCAAGGUGCUCACCACGCCCUUCUUUGACGAGACAAUCCGCAGCCAGGUAGUCGAGACGGUCAAGAAUGUGUUGAUUCGCAUCAAGGCCCAGCCGGGACAGGGUUACAAGCGGCUGAUGGAUGAAGUUGGACUGUCCACCCGCAGCGGUGGAGGCGGCGGAAACAGCGCCUCUCGCGAUCACAGCAAUGACAACAGGCAACGACCAGGCUCGAGACAGACCCCCGGCAACGCUCAGCACCACCAGCAACCGCAGCAGGCUCAACAAGCUCAGCAGCAGCAGCAGCAAGGUGGACAGUACAACGGCAAUGCCGCUCCUCAGUACUACAACCAUCUCAAUGCCCCUGCUGGCGUUCCUGGUUACGACAUGGCAUAUGGAGUUCCCCGUGGCGAGGGGGUUGAUGCCGGCUUGACCCAGCAGUUCCCAACCUUCCAGCAGGGAGCCAUGUACAAUGCACCAAACACGCCCAUGGCACCCGCCUCCAUCCAGCAGAUGCAGUACCAGCAGGCCAUGAUGCGGGGAGGGCCGCCCAUGAGCAACUACUACUCUGCCGCAGUCCCUGCUGGCUUCAACGGGUACCAGGACCAGUACCGUAACACCGGUAGCCCGAUCCAGCCCCCGAGCGCUCAGCUGUCGAACGUCCCCGGACAGGCGCCAUUCCCUCCGGCCCCCGGAUUCGGCAUGAACAUGAGUUAUGGCUAUGGUGGCCAGGGACAGAUGCCACCCAACAUGGGAUACAUGCCGCCGCAGGAGCAAGGCAAUAACAGCCGACGUGGACGUAGAUGAAGAUUUUUUUUUCGACGAUUACGGAACAGAACGCUAAAUAAUGAUCAUCAUGCCGAGCGUUGGGAUGAAUUCAAAUUACUUGUACGGAAUAGAUAAAGCAUUGGGCACAGCACAGCGGGCAUGUGCCGGGCGUUUUUUCUUUUUUUGAGAGGGGCCUUGAUUCGUCGACCACUUUUGUUUCUUCUGGUCGACUGAUAUCUAGGUGGGGGUUCUGUUUGCGGGUUGGAUUUGGGGGGGGGGGGUGAAUCAACAGUUCUGUAUCUCAGGCUGUUGGUUUUUCUUCCUGAUUCUUUUUUUUUCUUACUUCUUCCUGUUGAUUACUUUUUGCAAGAGUACAAGUUUGUUCUUUUUGUUGAUGUGAACAAUUGAUGAUUUGGGGGGGAUGCCCUAUGAAGAGAUGGAUGAUGGAUGGGAUUGUUGGGUGUGGGUUGGUGGGGGGAUAAGGUAAGAGGAUGGAAAGGGAAAGGUAAAAGGGGGGGUUCAUUAGGUACUGCACAAUGGGCAAAUGUUUUCGUUUUUUUUUUUGGAUGUUGUUUGUUGCUGUUGGUUUGUGUUUUGGUGAUUUUGUGUUGAGUGGUUGAUUCUUUUCAGUGAUGUGAUAAGGGGGAUUCCUCUGUGAGGGUCGAUUGUCAAGGUGAGAGUUGAGGACGGGAAAAAAACUGAAAAAGAGUACUGGGGAAUGAGAGGCUUAACUUGUGUUGUUUUGUUUGAUAUGUGUUGCGUUCUUGUUCGGCUGCUGUUGUUGUCGUUGUUGGGGCAGCUAGACUAUGUGAGGCUAUGGUGUAGGUAUGUAAGGGUAUGUGUAUAGAUGAGACGAAAGACUGAUUGAUGUUGAAAAAAAAAAAAAAAGGAGGUCGAUGUGUGGAUGGGAUAAGUAGGAAGUAGUAUAUACAAGGUAGA